UGACUGCAGUCCUUGUUGCAGCCUCGCAUGCGCUGCCCGCCCGCGAAUCGCCGUCCUGUGCUUGCAGUGAAGUGCUAAAUAUUCGCGAUCGGUUGUCCUAUCAGAUUAUGAAACAAUGAGAGCGCUGUUUGUUCUGCUGCCUCUCCUAGAGGCUUGCCGGGGUCUCCAGGCCGGCUCGAGUACCGCUACCAUACGAGGUCGCAUAGCCACGGGGAUCACCAGAGCCAAGAACCAGUUUGCCGGAGCGGGCAUCGAGGCCGACCUCACCCUCCAGGUUCAGGCUCCUUCCUCUUCCCAGCUGCGCCACGUGAAGGUCGGCGUCCACCACGGCGCCGUGGGCUGCGACGCCCGGGAGCCGCUCCCCGUCAGGUACCACGAGGACGACUCCAUCGGCUUGCUCCAGAAGGCUUUCAGGAUCGUCUUCAAUGAUACCGAGCACGGAGCUCAGCUGGUCGCGCCUCAGGAGCCAUCUUGGAUCACAAACAUCAGGAGAGCCAUCUGUAGCAUCUUCCUGCUUCCCCAUCUGCGGGUGAGGUCACUGAGACCUGUCUUCAGUGCUUACAGCGACACGAUCGUUGGACGUUGCAAACACCGGUUUUCUACAACAAAACUUCCCCAACACUUAGCCGUCCUCGAGAACCAGCGCCUUGAAGCCGUCUUAGGAGAGGAUGAGCAGCGAGGAACACCUUCACCUGGCCAAAAAUCGACAAAAACGCCCACCAAAACCCGCAAGGGAACCCCCACGAAGAGGCGAAGAUUCUCGAAGACUUCUCCCUCGCCAGCGGGAAACGGGUCCGCUUCUCAUGACAGUCUCUGGAAAGUCACACGAACCAUUAACUUCGACGAGUGCCAACGCUUGGUGGAUAUUAAGAUUCACGCCGACAGGAACACCAAGACGUCCCUCAGCAGGAGUUCGGUGGCCACUUACAUCCUCAGGGGCGAAGAGGAACUCAGGAUCGAGAGGGCGCUUGUCGAGGGCUCCAUCAUCGCCUUCACGAACUCAGACCAGGAGGAGAGCGUCGACACCUUCACGAACCAGACCAUAGAACUCAAGGCAGUACGUAAGAUAACGGAAGAACUACCUGUGGAUCAAGACGUUCAUCCUCGCCCAUGGCAUUUUGAAGCUGCGUAUCAGACUGGCGAUGCUUACCCGUCUGUGGAACAAGCCGUUAUUGGGCUGAAUCUGAGCCACCGAACCCUCGAAGAGAAAAAGGCAUACAUCUUGGCGGAGCUCGGAGACCUGUCCCAGAGAGCGACCGGCGGCGAGCAUCGAGGUUUCCCGCUGAUGAAGCAGUACACUGGACUCGUGGAAGCCGUUUCUUGCCUCAGCUACGAAGACUUGAACCUGGUGUUCACUCGGCUGGGGAGGGAGCUGGUGGAGGCGGUCGACGGCCAUUCCGGAUUUGAUUUGGUCAAUGUCAAUCUCUGGAAGAUCACCGUCUUCCAGCAGGCGCUGAUAUCCGCAGGGACAGAACCGGCCCUGAAUCUGAUCUUAAACACCCUCAAGGACGAGUCACUCCCGACGUCGGAGGGAACCAGCCAGCGCCUCUUCGCUCAACUGGCCGUGACCCUCAAGACGCCCACGCUUAUGCCGCAGAUCUUGGAGUUCGUCAAAUCCUUAACCUGGUCGCGGAAGGACAGAGACGCCAAAAGUGUUGCCAUGAUCGAUUUCGCCAAACUGGCUCGCGCGCUGUGCCUGGACGCGCGGAAGGCGGAGGCCCACGGCGAGGCGGAGUGCGACCCCGCGCGCGCGUGCGCACCGCGGCUCAUCCUGGAGGAAUUCCUGCCUUAUCUGGAGCAGGGCAUCGUGGACCAGGCGUCGCCCAUCUGGAUCCGACUGGUGCACAUCCACGCCCUCAGUCAACUCCGGGUCCCGCACGCCCUCGCCAUCCUCCAGCCUCUCGUCCUGGGACUCUCCAGGACAGAGCCACGUCUCAGGAUCCACGCCAUUCGGGGUCUCAGCUUCUUCAGCGUCCAUCCGGUUGUGCGCGACGAGGUCUUUGAGCUCCUGACCUCCGUGGCCGACAACCCCGGCGAGAACCCGAGGGUGCGCAACAUGGCCUUCCUCACGCUCACCACCUGGGCUCCCGACCUCAGCUGGUGGCAGGCGGCGGCCGUGUCCACCUGGCACGAGCCUUCUGUCCAGGUGGCCAACUUCGUGUCCUCAACGAUCACUUCGAUGGCCAAUAGCGAGACGGAUAUUUCCAAAGUGGUUUCUCGCGUCGUCCCCCUGGCCAAGCCGGCAGCCCCGGCUUCUCUGUCGUUCUCCACCAACCUGUUCCUUCACGAAUACCUCUUCUCACGGCAGUGCGGCAGUGACAUCGGCGUGGCGUGGCUGGCCAGCGCCGAGGACCUCUUCCCCGCCCACGUGUUCCUGACCCUGAAGACGUGCGCGCUCUACAACUCUGUUUUCCAUUCGGAGUCCGAGGUGCACCAGCGUAACCUCGCGAGGCUUUGGCUGAAGACGCCUGGACCGCCGGCGAGGAAGAAGAAGGAGGAGGAGGAGGAGGAGGAGGAGGCCAGCGACGACGACUUUGACAUCGUCGUUGGAAUGUUUAAUGAGAUCAAAGAACAGCUGGGUGUGGAAUCGCAAAAAAAGGUGUUGGAUGCCACGUGGACAAUCAAGUUCCAACAGCUGCUCAGGCUGUCGCUGAAACUUCUUCCGGGAGCGAGGUUCAAGACGGUCCGGGAGUUCGUGAACGCGAUGAUGAGCAAAAUGGGGAACCACGUCCUGCUUUUUCACAAGUUCAUCGAUUCUAGUCUCGUCGUCCCAACGGACCUCGGUCUUCCCUUGGUCGUAAAGUACGACGGAAGCUUCGUCUCCUGCACGACGGCCCGCCUGGAGCAGCCGUCCAACCCGCGUCUGGACGUCGCUCCCGGCGUCCCCAUGUUCCUCGGCGCAGAAGUCGCCUCAGAUACAGAUCAUCAGGUCUCGCUCGUGGCCAAGACCCUCCUGCCGUGGUACGAAAACCUGGCCGUGGGCGCUGGUCUGCAAGGAGGCUGGUCUCUGCAGCUGCCCUUCCUCGUCAGGACUUCGGAUCUCACGCUGAGGCACGGCGGGGGCAGCGUGUCCUUCGAACCAGUCGCGACCCAAACUUUCAACCUGGUGGCAGCUCACAACACCCCGUUUACCUUCGUCUCCAUUCGCGACCCCAAUGACCUCAUUACGAGGCCAGACUGGAGGACUGUCAUGCUCUCGGACUUGAAGAAUUACUCAGCGCCCGUUCUCCCCCCUACCUUGGGGCUCCGUGUCGAGUCUACGUGGGCGGGCGACGUCCCUCAACCCCAGGCUCCGGGUUCCCUGUUUAGCUUUGGACUAAGUUCCCCCAUAUCAUACCUUUGGAAUUACUACGUGACCUUUGACCCCGCGGCCUCUACAACCAAGAGCGUUGUCUUCUCCUUUGGUAAGGAUGCUGUGAAAGUCCAAUUUUUUAAUGCAAUCAUCAUUUGGUUGCUCACACGAUGGGCCCCAGCACUCGAUAUCCGGCUCAUUUCUCCCAAUAUCGUCACUCACGACGCGUCUUCCUUUAUUGAGGCAGGCCACGACGCUUCCUUCUCUAGCUACAACGAUCUCUUCCUCCUCCACGCCCUGACCUCCCCACCCCCACCUCCUUGUACCCUCCAGCGCGCAAGCGAUCACAGCUCACGACGGAUGCGAGGGGCGUGUACGCGGUAUCACACUCAAAGGAACCCUCUCGUCAAGAGUCCGCAACUCAGCGACGUCAGCACGCGUCGAAAAUUUCUCGCAAGGCCUCAGCUCCUUAACGGGCGGACUCUCCAUCCAUCCGCCUACUCUCUUAGAUACACUCGUAUCAGAUUCAGCGCUGAACGUUGUGUAGAACAAUGUGGGCCACCUCCUGUGAGAGCAACUCGGGCCACGUCACAACGGUCGGCAUCGAGAAUGAAAAUAAACCAUAACAAAAUAGUACAUCAUACAAAUCCUCAAUAUUUCCUCACAGACUCGGGCCACGUCACUACGGUCGGCAUCGAGGCUGUCCUCCACGGAAUACCUUCGAGAAGCUUCCAGGGUUUCUUCUCUUGGGCCCAGGCUUCCGACUACAACAAGACCGCUUCACGACUGCAGGUCAUGUUCCAGAAGAACGUCGUGGAGGGAGUGCUGGGAGAGAACCAAGUGCGCACUUACCAGGCCUGCUUGAACGCCGAAGUGGUCAGUCCAAAACAUAGGCUGUUAUCUUCUCUCCAAGAAGUCUUGUCAAGCGAUUUUUACACUCCUGUUAAAGUUCAUCUGCACUCUGGCAGCUCUUGCGAUCUCCCUCCUGCGCUUCAGGUUCAGGGAUUUUUGGACGUGAGUGAACAUUCCAAAAAGGUCGUGCGAGAGGCCGCGACGACCGGCUGCAGCUACGACCCCUUCCACCCUGCCCUGGACAUCAUCACAACGCCCCUGUUCGACCACGCCCACCUCACGGCCUUCUGGACAGACGAAUUUCACAGCACGCCCCUCAGCGCCUCGUACAUCUCCUACGAGAAGCUGGCCCACUGGCUUUUCCGCCCAAACCUGAGCAUCCACAGCAGUCCCCAGCACCCAGGCUCGACGCUUACUCUCAACGCCACCAAGAAUGUAGAGACUAGUGAAUGGGGUAUGAAGAUGAUUAUGCCACGGCAGGUCUUGGUGGCAAAUCAUAUACACAUUCCAAGUUGGAUUGAGACUUUCAUAACCCCUGCCUCCAUCCAGGACACGUUAGUGCAUAGCCUGGUCAAUGGCAGGCACGCGCCAGUGUGUGUCCUCAGCCUCGGCACGGUGCGGACCUUCGACGGGCUGCAGUUCGAGUACCACCCUGGCGAGUGCUGGGCCGUGGCGACCAUGCACCGCGCAGGGGGGGAGGAGGGCGUCGUCCAGGUGCGCCGAAAGGACGAGUGGGAAGCACAGGUCGUCUGGAGGCGUGAAGGACUCCUCCUGCACGUCACCAGCUCUCAGUUGCUGGUGAACGGAGAAACUGUCGAUAGCAGAGACCCUCGUUAUGAAGUUGUCAGUCAAGAGAACGCAGUGACGGUUAUUCUCAACGGAGGACCGAUAGUUAAAGUCUCCGAUAAAGUGGAAAUUCUGCUGUCGUCCACUUACACCUCCGAGGUCAGCGGCCUCUGCGGGAACCUGGACACGGAAGCCUUCACAGACAUGCAGGGGCCCCGCGGCUGCACCUACUCCGACCCCGCCCUGCUCGCCCUGGCGUGGUCUACUCCGGGAGACGGCUGCAGCUCCUUCUCCUUCCAGGCCAAGAGGAGGUCGGUGCAGCGGUAUCAGGAGGACUGCCCUCGCUUCUCCUACGUACCGACGGGCGUCUCGCAGAGCAAUGCCAUGAUAAACUGCACUGAAUACGAAUACCAAGACGAGCGGGACAUGUGUGCCCCGGAUGGACCGCAGCCGGUAUCGCUUUGCCGAAAGAGUUCCUCAGAUCAACUUCAUUCAGAAUCGGAGAGAGAUGAUGAGUCUUCACCUUGGUAUAACUGCCUGCAUAUGUAACAGUAAUAAAGGAUUGCAUAAAAUACCUCUAAUACUUUUGCACAUUUGCUCUGGUAAGCUUGUCUGUAUAAAUGUAACUGGUAUUAUAGAUAAGAAUGGAAUUUUGAGACAUGGACAUGCUCAUUACUUUGGUUACUUUGAUGCAGUCUCUUUGGUCUGAUUAUAAGCAGAAUUUAAUGAAAUCUUUAAUAAAUGAAGUAAGUGUA